GUGAUUUUAAGAAGUUGAGCUUCUACGAUAAAGUGGUUUUUUUCUGUGAUUUCAAACAGAACGUGAUUUACAGCCGUCAAUCAAAACAAAUACUAACAACAUUGUUUCACUUUCACUUUUUUCACUCCAACUCAAAUCAUGUCUGUUGUUUUUUUCUUUCUUUCUUGAGGAUGUCUCUCAUUUUUACUAGUAUAAUACUCCAUCCGAUCCUAUAUAUAAGAAACAAUUUACUUUUUUGAUUCAUUAAAUAGUUGAUGUAUUUGGUCUAUUUUACUUUAUCUCAAAUUAUUUGUCCAUUUUAAAGUUACUCUAUGUGUUACCAAAUUUUGAUUUUGCACUCUUAUGAAGUUUAACGGUAUAAAAUAAAAGUUUAAAACCAAAUAAUCUUUAAAUUACAUGAUUGUGAUAGAAAGUUUUUUUAAAAGGUAAAUCAAAAUUCGCACAAAUGACGGAGCAAACACCUUUUAACUCUCCUUUUAUAAUACCAACAUAAUACGCCUAUAGUUCAACUCAAUUUAUAUGAACGUCUUCCAAAAUAAAUUAUAUAAAUAUUCAAACAUAAAUAUUUUUAAUCAGAAUUCAUUUUUAUCAAAAUCAAUUUUAGAUAAUGGAAACUCAAUUAGGAGUAUCUGCGUUACAGAACUAAAAACGUUAAUACAUGUGGACUCAUUCAUUCACACCCUUUUACUCCUUUCACAGUUCACAUUAUGACUCAACAAACACCAUUCCGUACAACCUUAAUGAAUGUUCAUAUAUUACCUCUCUCUCCUUCUCUCUCUGAAAUCCAACUCACAAGAUAAAGUUUCAAUUUUUCAGUAUAAUAGGGUAAAAGUUUUCAACUUCACAAAGUUCUAAGAUACCCCAGAAGAAAAUUUGUCCCCACUCAGUUGUUUUGCUGAAAUUUUAAAGUUACUCUAUUUGUUCUUUUGCUGUUUGGAUGCUUUAGUAAAAACAAAACAAACCCAAAAAAAAAAAAAACCACCUUGACUUCAUUUUUUUUUUCUUGUGUAGUUGAAAGUUCUUCAAUUAUCAUAUCUUGGUUUAAGAGGUUUUUGUGUUUUUGCUUCUUUGUUUUGUGAUGGUGUUUUGUUAGAGGUUUUUUUGUGUGUACUUGUGUUGUUUAUGUUCUCUUAGUUUAGCAAUGGAGGAUUCAGCUAAGCUACGUUUGGUGAGGUGUCCCAAAUGUCAAAAUGUUCUUCAUGAGCAAGCUAGUUAUUCUAUUUAUCAAUGUGGUGGUUGUGGUGCUGUUCUUAGAGGAAAGGUUAAUAAUGGUAAUGGAAAUGGUAGUUUGUGGGAGGCUUCAGAUGAGGGACAAGGUGGAGGAGUUUCUGCUAAAUUAGGAAGUUCAUUUAGGAAAGAUGUAGGUUUUUUGAGUGAUAAUUCGGAUGUUGAUGUUAAGUCCAAUGCUGGUUUCUCGAGGGAAGAUCAAAGGGAUUCAGGAAGGUUGAAUAAGGAACGACGUGAGAGGAUUCUGAAUCGUUACGAGGAUGGUAGGGAGAAAGGAGUUCCGGGGAACGGUUAUGAUGUCAAUAAAAGUAGAGAUGAAGGGGGUAAAGCAAUAAGAAGGGAACAACAUGAAUCGAAGUUUCAAGUUGGAGGGUCUAAUUUUCCAAGGAGAAUGUCGAAUUGGCCAAAUGAGGAGAGAAUUGAUAUGGAAGGGUUUCAGAGAUAUCCAUCAGCUGAUAUAGAAGGUGUUAGAUUUUCCAAUUUGAACUUUCCUAAUGAGGGAACUUCAAGAUUUUCUUAUAAUCAUGGUGAACAAUGGAGUAAUUAUGAAGACAUGGAUGGUAUGAGUAGGGUUCGGCACCUAGAGCAAGAUCGAGCCGAGCUUCUACGGAAGCUUGAUGAGUUAUCAAAGCAGCUGAGCAAUUCUUCUGAAAUGGUUAACAAUCCUAAAGAAAAGGGCCAUCCUGAUUCAAAGAUGGUUCCUCCAGAUCCUCGUGGUGGCCCUGAUACUCGGUUUCCAGAUGGGCCUUCUGGGUCGGACUGGACGACCUCGAGGCAAUUCUUUGGCCCUAAUAAACAUUUGGCAGGUCCUCCUUAUUCCAGUUAUCAUCAUGAUCCAUAUGGUUAUACGAGUGGUCAUGAAAUGGCCAUGCACAACAACUUUCAGUCUUCAAUGAACAACCCUAACUAUUUUCCUGGAUAUGGGGAUCCUUUUGGGUCACAAAUGUCAAGAGGUCCACAUUUGUCAUCUCGCCAAUUCACGCAACAACCUAUGCAUCCCUACUUUCCUGGACGCUAUACUGAUACCGGUCCAGAUUCAUAUGAACAAUACACACACAAUCCUACGCCGCACUUGCCUUCUUGCUCUUGUUUUCAUUGCUACAACAACAAGAUAAGAGGUUCAAUGCCGGUGCCACCUGCUACGUUCCUUAACAGCAGAUUCCCUCAUACCUCAAAUGAUCCUAUGUUGUACCGUAAUGAGAUCCCAGCUGCAGUUAGCCAACAUGUUCAUAAUUCCAGAACUGGUGUUCCUGUUGCCAAUUCUCGUGAAAAGCAAUUGCAUACAAGAUUGGUUAGUGACUUCGAUUCUGAGAGGGGUGGAUUUGUCACGGGCCGUUCUCAAAAAGUAAUGUCAGCUAGUGGUAGUCAAAGGUGCCAUCCGAUAGCUGGUGGUUCUCCUUUCAUCACAUGUCAUAAUUGCUUUGAGUUACUGCAACUUCCUAAAAAAGUACUGGCUAAGGUGAAAAAUCGAAAGCAGAAAAUGCGAUGCGGAGCUUGUUCUUCUGAUAUAAAUGUUUCUAUCAUCAAUAAGAAGCUAGUUACUUCUCUUCAUGGGGAAGUGGAGGGAACUACCACAAGGAUUGAUGAUGAUGCCUCUAUUGAGGUUGUGAAUAGCCGCGUGUCGCAUUCUCAUGGUCAUGUGAACACAAAUCGUGUUAACUUCUCCUCGGACGAUUAUUCUGGUUAUGAUUUUCAAUCAGUUGAUAGAGGAUCUCCUGUCAUGGCUUCAGACCCAAGCUUGAACUCCAGCAAGCUGCAGGAGAUGCAAAGUUUCCAUUCUUCGUCUCAGAGUAUCUCAGAAGACGAAAAUAUUCCAGAAGUUAUGACUGCACCAGGUGAAGCCGCAAAGUCCAUUCAGCCAACUAAAACCUCAGUUUCUCCACCUGCCGGUUCACCACUUCAAGAGUAUCUUGAUUAUUCUAGUAGUAACAACCAUGCAGUGAAUCGGUUAGGGAAAGGCAAUCAAAGUGGUCGCUCAGAACCCGAGAAGGUGAAACUAGAAAAGAAUACCUCGAGGCAAAAUUCUUUGAAAGAGGUAGUGCUUGCAUCUGAGAUGGAUGUCCACGAUUAUUCCAACUCCGGGAUCUCACAGGAUUAUUGCGACGCAAGCCAAGAACAUGACCAUGCUGGAUCUAACAAAGGAGGUGAAUCGUUUUUCGCGAACAUUUUCAAGAAAGGCUCCCGAGGUUCAUCCCAAGCUGAUAAAGUUGAUGAUCGUGAAAAAUGUAUUGUUACCGUAAAUGGACAACCUUUAUCAGACCGUGUAGUUAAGAAGGCUGAAAAGAUAGCCGGACCAAUCCAGCCAGGAAAUUAUUGGUAUGAUUCUCGGGCUGGAUUUUGGGGUGUCAUAGGCGGACCAUGUCUCGGAAUAAUUCCGCCCUUCAUUGAAGAGUUUAAUCAUCCCAUUCCUGAUAAAUGUGCUGGUGGAAACACUGGCGUUAUUGUAAACGGAAGAGAGCUUCACCAAAAAGAUUUAGAUUUGCUUAUUCGUAGAGGACUUCCAAAUGAUAGCGAUAGAUCUUAUAUCGUUGAAAUUACCGGGAGAGUCUUGGAUGUAGACACAGGUGAAGAGCUAGACGGGCUCGGCAAACUUGCACCAACGGUGGAGAAAGCAAAGCAUGGAUUUGGCAUGAAAGUACCAAGAGCAGCAGCUUCAUGAUCAAAGCGUAGAAAUAAAUAUUCUAUGAAGAUUUGACUUUAGUUCCAUUCUUAUGCGGGUUUGACUUUGUAUCAGAUAACGGGGAAUUUUUUUAAAUGUUUGCAAAUUUCUUUUGUUUAUUGCUUAGGAAAAUCCAAAUGAUUUGCAUUUAGAUUAUAUUUGUAAAUUAUUCAUUCUUCUUUGGUGGAACAAAUAUUUUUGUGCUCGCAGUUUCGCAUGAGUUGCAUCAAAUUCAAAAUUUGAGGAACAAAACAAUGUUAUAUAUUCCACUAUUAGUUUGUAAGGUAGUUAUGUUUUUUUCAUGAGUCCUAACAUUGUUGCAUUUAAAUGUUAUG